GCCCGCGGCCCCGCCCGGCCCUCGUAGGCCGGCGGGAGGCGUUUCGCGGUCUGGCGGCGGGGACGCGGAGGGCCUGGUUAACCUCCUCUCGUCCCCGGGUCCUGGGGGUCGCGUCGGGACACCACACUUCCGCGCCCCGCUCUCCGCCUGCCCGGCCCGCGUGGCGCCCCAGCCCGGGGAGGAGCUGCGGUCGGAGAGAGACGCCGGGGCCUCCGGGCCGCGCCUCAGCCCCGGACGGGUAGCGGUCCCUGCUUUCGCGAAGUGAUGCCACCAAGAAGAAAAGAGAAAUACAGACUUCCUGUUCCACUUCCAGAAGGCAAGGUCCUGGGUGAUGUGGAAGGAAAACAGUGGGUGCUGGGCAAGAUGAUUGGCUCUGGAGGAUUUGGUUUGAUAUAUUUAGGUCUUCGAUUUCUUUCAUCAGCAUUUUGGCUUUUGGCAUAUUGGUCCUGUACAUGCACUUUUAGGUAUAUAUCUUUCCCCGUAAAUAACCCAGAUAAAGAUGCAAGACAUGUAAUAAAAGUGGAAUAUCAAGAAAAUGGCCCAUUAUUUUCAGAACUUAAAUUUUAUCAAAGAGCGGCCAAAAGAGACUGUAUCAAAAAAUGGAUAGAACUCAAACAGCUUGAUUAUUUAGGAAUUCCUCAGUUUUAUGGAUCUGGUAUUGCUGAAUUCAAGGGAAAAAGUUACAGAUUUAUGGUAAUGGAAAGACUGGGAAUAGAUUUGCAGAAGAUCUCAGACCAGAAUGGUACUUUUAAAAAGUCAACUGUCCUGCAGCUAGGUAUCCGAAUGUUGGAUGUACUGGAAUAUAUACAUGAAAAUGAAUAUGUUCAUGCUGAUAUAAAAGCAGCGAAUCUACUUUUGGGUUACAGAAAUCCACAUCAGGUUUAUCUUGCAGAUUAUGGACUUUCCUACAGAUAUUGUCCCAAUGGGAACCACAAACAGUAUCAAGAAAAUCCUAGAAAAAGCCAUAAUGGGACAAUAGAGUUUACCAGCUUGGAUGCUCACAAGGGAGUAGCCCUGUCCAGACGAAGUGACCUUGAAAUCCUCGGCUACUGCCUGCUGCGGUGGUUAUGUGGGAGACUGCCCUGGGAGCAGAACCUGGAGGACCCUGUGGCUGUCCAGACAGCUAAAACAAAUCUGUUGGAUGAGCUGCCUGAGUCGGUGCUUAAAUGGGCUCCUUCCGGAAGCAGUUGCUGUAAGUCAGGUGAAAUAGCCCAGUAUUUGGUAUGUGCUCAUAAUUUAGCAUAUGAUGAAAAGCCAAACUAUCAAAUGCUCAAGAAAAUUCUGAACCCAAGUGGAAUACCUUUAGGACCACUGGAAUUUUCCCCUAAAGGAGAGAGCUUAAAUGUGCGUACUCCAAAUAAUCAAAAGGUUGAUUCACGAAAGGCUGCAACAAAGCAAGUCAAUCAGAUGCAAAAUAGGUUACUAGAAAAAAAAGGCCACAGUGAGAAAAGUGCUGAGUCCUGUGCAACGUGGAGAAAAGUGCAAGAGGAGGAGAAGCUGACUGGGUUGUUCAACAGUGAAACAGCACAGGAAAGCACAAGGAGAAGACAAAAAUACUGUGAGUCUCAAGAAUUUCUGAAUGGAGUAAAAAGUUCUCCACAAAAAUCCAGCUGUAUACAGUUCCCUAAUUCAUUUUAUGAACCCCAUCAAGAUUUUACCAGUCCAGAUAUGUUCAACAAGUCAAGCUCUCCAUCUUGCUACACGUCCGCUUCUACAACUGGUAUGGAGGUCACAGAAUUAGACAGUGCUACAGGAUUUUGGCUUACAAUUUCCCAGUUUACUCUUAGUGAAGAGAUAAAGGCAGAUGUAUAUUAUUAUGGCUUCACCGUUCUUCUUCUUUUGAUAUUAGUAUGUCUUGCUUUAUAUUUUCUCUAAAGAUAUCAAAUAAAAUCCUUUUGCUAAUUUAAGUUUCCAGUUCUUCACAGAAAUGCUGCAUUCUUAUUUCAGGCUUUUCUCCCAGACAUUUUCAAGGUAAGUGGCUUAUAAAAAAAGGAAUGCUUUAUAUUAGAGAUGGUGUAAUGAUAGAGUUUGGAAAAUACUUCUUAAGGUUCAGAUCACCUAGGAAAUCUAGAAAAGGGGUUA